AUGUGGUCCCCGAUCCUUGUCGUUUGCUCGGUACUGCUGGCGGCUUGUGCGAACCCCAUGGAGCAGAGUCAUCCUGUGUUCCGACCCUACACAGGUCACAGUAGUCCCAAUACAAGAGCCAACUUCACUUUGGACGAACUCUACAGUCUCCAGGUCCGCUUCUGGGACAACUUUGUCUACAACAAUACGGCGCAGGCUGCGUCAAUCAACUCCUCACUCCUCGCGCCAGACAUCCUCGGCCGGGUUGACGCCACGCGUACUUUCGAUGGGCAGGAGCUCAACACCGAAUAUCUCUUCGGACUCUUCGCCAACCUCGCGAACAGCACCAGCUUGACGCUGCUCGGUGUUCCCGUGUCGUAUGAGAUCAUCCACUUCGCGGGCACUCAGGAUAUCUCGGCGGCGGCGACGAUCGUUUUCUUCAAGAGCGCCAUCAUGGGCACCUUCCCGGUGGAGAUUGACAGUUGGAUCACCUGGAACGAGCAGGGCCAGAUCUGGCAGUACGACGCCACGUACCGGUGGUUCGCGAACCUACUGGACGCCACGAUCGAGGCGGUGGCCAGCAAGAGCGGCAGCAAUAAUUACACGGCGGCCGUGGCAUCCCUGACGGACGGGCUGGCGACGGCGAUCUGCACCAUCGCGCAGCGCCACUGCACGACGCCCGAAACCCGACAGUACGCCGACUUUGGCGAGUGCUACGAGACGCUGGCGCGGGCGAAGCGCUUCGGCAAGGCGUACGAGCUCGGCGGCGACACGCUGCUGUGCCGCAUGGUGCACGAGAACAUGGUUCACCUGCGGCCGGAGGUGCACUGCCCGCACAUUGGACCCACGGGUGGCGGCAUGUGCGUUGACGAUUUGCAGUACGCGGAGCGCGUCUUGCAGGAGUAUUACACACACGCGCCCAUGGUGCCGAGCGGAUACGAAAGCGGCAAUGCGAGCGUGGAUGCGUGGUAG